UCCAUGGCUCUUUACUAGACCAAUGAAUGUAAGGCAGGACCACACUUUCCUCCCUAUAAGAACCCCUCUUUCACUUCCGCAGCAGCACAAGGUAGAGAUGAAGAUGAGCAGUGGCAGCAUGGGAGCCUCAAAGAGAAGGUUAUCAAGCAGAGGUGUUGGAGGGGUCCUCCGAGAGCAAAGGGCUAAGCUUUAUAUAAUCCGUAGAUGUGUUGUUAUGCUCCUUUGCUGGCAUGAUUGAAACUCCUUUUUUUUCUUUUUUUUUUCUUCAUUUCAUGGUGGAGUGUAAAUACUUUUCCAGCGGCGGAUAUCAUUAUCGGAAAGUUGAAAAAACAAUUUUUGUAUGCCAUGGCCUUAUGGCCUGGAUGUAAAUUAGAUAGCUUGAAUUAAAAUCUUUGAUAUUAUUAGUUAACAAAGCAUAUGCUCCUUUAUUCUUUUAAAUCUGCUUCUGUUGUUGUGACAUGGAGAUUGAUCCACCAUGGGAUUGGAGGUCAAAAGGAUCAAUGCAACUGCUCUUUAGCUUCUGUCAUUUGCUUUCAGAUGGUGAAAUAGAAGCUGAUAAACGAAUUUCGGGCUUUGCCUAUUUCA